CUUCGCUGUGUUGUCACAUCACGACCCGCUGCCGCUGCAGCUUCACACAUUUUGUCCACUUUUUCUGUGAUGACCGCGAGAUGUGAAGCGGUGACUUCUCAACACUGUGGAUUACCUGCUUGUUGCUGUUGUUGUGAUCACGAGAUCCCUUAGUUGAUCGCCGCGAUGCCCGGUGCCAACUUGCGCUGGCUCUCCGCCGCUCCGCCGCUCCUCCUGCUCCUGACCUGCUGCCCUCCAGCCCGGGCAUAUUUUGCGGAGGAGCGCUGGAGCCCCGAGUCCCCGCUCCUGGCUCCCCGGGUCCUCUUAGCCCUCAUCUGCCGGAACUCGGAGCACUCCCUGCCCUACUUCCUCGGAACCAUCGAGCGCCUCAACUACCCCAAGGACCGGAUGGCUCUGUGGGUGGCGACGGAUCACAACGAGGACAACACCACAGCCGUCCUGCGUGACUGGCUUGUCAAGGUGCAGAACCUUUACCAUAAUGUGGAAUGGAGGCCCAAAGAGGAACCCAGACGUUACACGGAUGAAGAGGGUCCGAAGCAAUGGACCGACCUCCGGUAUGACCACGUCAUGAAGCUCCGGCAAGUGGCGCUGGAUUCAGCUCGUGAGAUGUGGGCCGACUUCUUUAUGUUGGCGGACUGCGAUAACCUCCUCACCAAUCCCGACACGGUCUGGAAGCUCAUGCAAGAGAACAAGACCAUCAUCGCUCCCAUGCUGGAAUCCCGUGCGGCCUAUUCAAACUUCUGGUGUGGCAUGACUUCACAGGGCUACUAUAAGCGCACGCCGGCCUACUUGCCCAUGAGGAAGCGUGUGCGUAAGGGCUGCUUCGCCGUCCCCAUGGUCCACUCCACCUUCCUGAUCGACCUCAGGAAAGAGGCGUCCACUCAGCUGGCCUUUCACCCACCACACCCCGAAUACAACUGGGCUUUUGAUGACAUAAUCGUGUUUGCCUUCUCCGCUCGGAUGGCAGAUGUUCAAAUGUUCGUAUGCAACAGAGAGACCUACGGAUACUUCCCUGUGCCACUUCGAUCCCACAACACUUUGCGAGAUGAAGCCGACAGCUUCUUGCACUCUGUCCUGGAGGUGAAUGUGCGCAAUGCCCCAGUGAAGCCUUCCAAAUUCAUACGUGUUCCUACAAAACAACCUGACAAACUGGGAUUUGACGAGGUGUUCAUGAUAAACCUGCCGAGGCGAACUGACCGUCGGGACCGAAUGAUGAGGACACUGUACGAGCAGGAGAUCGCUUGUAAGGUCAUUGCAGCUGUAGAUGGAAAGGCGAUGAAUAUCAGUGAAAUUAAUGCCAUGGGCAUCCACAUGCUUCCUGGAUACAGUGACCCUUAUCACGGGCGCCCACUCACAAAAGGAGAGCUGGGAUGUUUCCUUUCCCAUCAUAAAAUCUGGAAAGAGAUCGCUGAGCGACGCUUACCCAUCUCUCUGGUGAUUGAAGACGACCUGCGAUUUGAAAUCUUCUUCAAACGUCGCCUGAUGAACUUGAUGAGCGAGGUGCAGGAUGAAGGACUGGACUGGGAUCUCAUUUAUAUCGGUCGUAAGAGAAUGCAAGUGGAUCACCCGGAGAAAGCGGUGCCCAACAUUCACAACAUAGUGGAGGCAGACUAUUCAUAUUGGACGCUGGGUUAUAUGAUAUCGCUACAAGGUGCAGAGAAGCUUUUGAAAGCAGAACCUCUAAAGAGGAUUUUGCCGGUGGAUGAGUUUCUCCCUAUCAUGUUCGACAAACACCCUGUGUCUGAUUACAUGGAGCAGUUUGAAAGCAGGGACCUGAAGGCAUUCUCCGCAGAGCCCCUCCUGGUGUAUCCGACGCACUACACGGGCGACAGUGGCUACAUCAGCGACACGGAGACCUCCACGGUGUGGGACAACGACAAGGUCCGCACAGACUGGGACAGGGCGCGCUCAGGGAAAACCGGGGAGCAGGCUGAGAUCAGCACCGAGGCCCAGAACUCGGAUGUGCUCCAGUCUCCUCUGGACAGCGCAGCACGGGACGAGCUAUGAGAGGAAGUGAAUGACACCCUGGAGGAAAAGUCAGAGGUGCAUCAGAGCACACCGCCUUAGUUUUUUAAACAUCUUUCAUCUUUUGAUACUUUGGAUGUCGCUUCCCAGCUGGGAUGUGACAUCACAGUUUGUAAAAAGAUUGUAUUUAUCCAGAUCGGACAGAAGGGGUCACAUGUGUCUUAUGUUUCCGUAUCAUGUCAUGUCGUCAGUUUGUAGUUUGUUUGUUUUUUUAUAAAGGAGCUAGACUUGCCGUUCGGAAUGGCAUUUGCAGUACCCUGCUUCUGUCUGUCAUACAGAAAUGAACCUAUACGUUAGAAAAUAAGGCAAUUGGACUGUUACGUUUGAGUCAUUGGGCAGGUAAUGUUGUCCUAAUUUGACGUUCCACUGUGAAAUGCAUUAACAAAAGAAUUGGGCAUGAGCUGUACUGUGUCACUGAGCAAUACCAAAACUUCAUGUAAGAGCAUUUAUGUCUUAAAUCAACCAGUAACAUUGAGAAUUCAUUGAUUUCUGUUGUCAGAAGUCCGAGAGGAGAAACGUCUGCAUGUCUUUGUUUUAAACUUAAGGGUUUUUAUUUCUCUUUGCAGUAUACAUUUCAUAUUGUUGUGUUUUGAAUGAGCAUUAGCCGACAGUUAACGUGUUUGCAGCAGCUGUUUACCAAAGCAACAGAACACACAAAGCGACUCAGAACCAUUGAUUUCACUCAGCUACUGUAAAAUGCCAAUGCAAGUUGUUUUGCCUUUUUCCCCUUGGUGCUGAUUUUGGAUUGUUAGUAGGCUAAUGCUACCAACCAGCUGUCGGUGACCCCAGACACAGCUACGUCCAAACACAUGUCAGCAUCUCCACCUUUUUCUCAGUUUAAUCUGAGUUUGAGCAUUUUGUGUGAGCAGGACUUGAGAAAAGGCUUUUACAUCCUGGUUUACCGGCUUUACACGGCUUCACUUGAUCUGUCAACAAGUUGAUUUCUGUAAGGUAUUAAUGGAAGAUGCUCAUCCACUGUUUUUGCACAGACAUGUUAGUGGUGCUUUGUGCCAAUUAAAAUAAAAUGUUUUAUUUUAAAAAAUCCA